AUGAAUUUAAUAAUAAUCGUGUACCUAACAACUGCUGUUGUCCUCGUGGCAGGUCAGAAUCUUGACGAGUGUCUCCAGCAGGACAGCAUAUCAUGCGUGCAAAAGAGCAUCUAUAGGAAGGCCAAGGAAUUUUUCGGAAAGGACAGUUUAGAGAUUGUACCAGGAAUCAACCUGAUCAGGAAUCAGGAUGCUAAUUCGGAUGGCAGAAAUGCUAGAUCCAGUAAAGAUUUGAUCUAUGAUCAGGAAAUCGAUGGUGCUAAUGAUGUCGCCGAAAGACAGAACGUUCUUGAGAGUUUUGUUGGCGAAGAAGCUAGCAAUUACUUCACUGGACGGAGUUUAAGGAUCAACUUUGCGUCAGCCGUUGAGAAAAUUGGCGAAGUCGCUCGUACAAUUAACGACUCCAUGCCUCAAGAGAUUCAUCAGGCAGCCGAUGAGAUCGUCGAAGGACGAGUCAAGAAGUUAAAGCUUCUGAAAUCUGUGAUUCCUCUUCUGAUCGCCGCCAAAGCUAAAAUCGGUGCGCUUGCUACCGUUGCUUACUUUUUUAUCGCGCUGAUUGCCAAAAAAGCUAUAGUCGCAUCACUUAUUUCUAUUGCAAUCUCUGCCUUUAUUGGAUUGAAAUAUCUUUGGUCCUCUAAAUCUGGCUCCAGCUUUACUCCUUAUAAUAAUGGUUGGAGCGGUGGUAUCAGCAACAUCGGUUGGUCUGCACCUGUUUCUUCCGGUGGAUGGGCCACCUCCGGUUCUGGAGCCUGGGAUGACGGACAUUAUGCUCAGAAUCAAGCUUAUUCCAGCUAUCAUCAUCGACGAUAG